AUGGACAAAGUACCGAAACUCAGCAAUGUGUACAUUGUCAGCGGGCUGGCGACCAUCGGUGGCCUGAUUCAAGGAUUCGAUGUCUCCAGCAUGUCAGCCAUCAUUGGCACUGAUCAGUACAAGUCCUACUUCCACAAACCCAACCCAGUAGCCCAAGGAGGAAUCACAGCUAGUAUGGCUGGUGGCUCUUUGCUUGGGUCUCUUUUCUCGUCAUGGACAAGCGAUCGAUAUGGCCGCCGUGACUCACUUUUCAUCGCCUGUAUCUUGUGGCUGAUUGGUUCGACUUUGAUGUGUGCCGUGCAAAAUGUUGCUAUGCUGAUUGUAUCCCGCAUUAUCAAUGGCUUUGCCGUUGGAAUACUCACCAGUCAAGGUCCCAUCCUGAUUGCUGAAAUCAGUCUUCCACACCAACGUGGUAGACUUCUCAGCUUGCAACAAUGGAUGAUAACUUGGGGAAUUCUCAUAAUGUACUUCAUCUCAUAUGGCUCAUCAUUCAUGAGCACCAAUGCUGUUUUCCGUCUUCCUUGGGGUCUCCAAAUGAUCCCAGCUAUUGUUCUCUUGGCCUUCCUGCCUCUGAUGCCCAGGUCCCCACGUUGGCUAGCUACACAAGACAGAUGGGAAGAAGCAGUGGAAAUACUCGCACGGUUACACGCGAACGGCGACACUCUCGAUCCAAUUGUGAUAGCACAAACUGCCGAGAUUCGUGAUAAGAUUGAAUUUGAGCGACAAUACCAGAGCACUUCCUGGAUGGAGGUAUUUAACUCCCGAAACAUCAUCCGCGUUCAUUGCGGUAUCUUCACUCACAUUUGGUCCCAACUGAGCGGGACAAACGCCAUGAUGUACUAUAUUGUCUACAUCUUCCAGAUGGCUGGAUUAAAUGGAAACAAUGCCCUCCUCUCUGCGACUAUUCAAUAUGUCAUCAAUGUGGUCAUGACGCUGCCAGCGCUGAUUUUCAUCGACCGCCUCCCGCGCCGCCGGCUUUUCAUCGCAGGUGCACUCGGCAUGGCUGUUCUUCAAUUUACACAAGCAGGUAUCAUGGCAUCAUAUGGCGAGCUUGUGCCUGGUGGAUUGAAAGGCUCGCCGACGGUCACCUGGAGAGUCACCAACGGAAAGGCAUCAAAGGCAGUCAUCGCUUGCAGUUACCUGUUCAUAGCUGUCUAUGCACCAACCUGGGGACCUUUAGGCUGGGCCUAUCCACCUGAGAUCAUUCCUCUUUACAUUCGCAGCAAGUCAGUCUCCCUGGCUACGUUCUUCAACUGGGCUUGUAAUUUUGCCCUUACCUUCUUUACGCCGCCCGGGUUCCAAAACAUCCAAUGGAAGAUCUAUUGUGUGUUCGGCACUUUUUGCACCGUUGCUGCAUUCCACGUGUUCCUGCUGUUUCCAGAGACCUGUGGCAAGUCGCUGGAAGAAAUAGAUGAGGUUUUCAACAACCAGAGCAUCUGGGCCUAUAAGUCAAAACACGUUCCGAGUCGACUAGCUGCCGAUAUCGAACAGGCCAAAGAGGAUUUGAGCUCGGGCAAGGUUGGUAAAGGCCAUUCUGAAGUUGCGAAGACUGAAUAUUCGGGAUAG